UGGCCUCCUAAGCAAGUAUCAUUUUGUUUAUGAUGUCCUACAAACCGCUGCGAUUAAGUCAUUGUUUUGACCACAGAUACAUUUUUCAUCACUUAUUACAGUUCAUGUUCUGAGGCGCCGUCUUGGCUGUUAAUCACAACGGGCGUUUUGGUGGCGGGCAUGAGGAAUUUUAUUGAAUGAAGCAAGCAGUCCCACUACGAAUAGGAGGAUGAGCUCCAUCGCCGGUGGUCGGGAUCUUGGUGUCUCGUCCGCUUCUGUCAGUAACCCUGGAGGCACAUCUUCUCGCGGUUUGCACGUAGAGCUUACAUCUCAACAGAGGCGGUUGCGUCACCUGCGUAGUAUAGCUGCUCGUAACAUCGUCAACAGGAAUGGCUCUCCCCUGCUGGACACAUACUUCACCCUGCACCUCUGCUCUGAGGAACGCAUCUCAAAAGGUUUCUACAAAAGUGAAAUCAUCAGAGACUCAUUGAACCCAACAUGGCGUAGUCUGGACUUCGGGAUGCUGCCGGACCUCCUGGACACGUCUGUGUCGUGUUUCGUGGUGCGGAUAUGGGGCGGCCGCGGAGACGAACACUACACACUACUCAUCGAGUGGAAGGUUAACUUGGAUGGACUCAGAUACACAGGACAGCAGAUCCGCUCCAGGAAUCAAAAUGAGAUCAUUUUUGGAUUAAACGAUGGCUACUAUGCAGCUGACUUCGAUCAAAAGGACCACUCUGAGAGGAAGAAGAAUAGCUCCCUCCAGGUGGACCAGAGCUCCGUCAGAAACUCCUACAGCGUCUUCUCUCUGCUCAGGCUCCACACGGCCCAGCGUGCCAUAAAGCAGACCCAGGUUACGGUGCAGAAGAUCGGGAAGGAGAUAGAGGAGAAGCUCAGGACCACGGCUCACAGCACAGAGAGGCAGAAGAAGGAGCGUGAAUGUCGCCACCUGCGGAUCAGCGUGCUGCGGAGUGAACUGGAGAGGCAGCGGAAGGCACUCGCACGCGAGACAGAGGCACAGCACAAGGAACACACACAGCUCAUGAAGAAAGAGGAGGUGUUUUCUAUGAAGCAUGAGUCGUUAGAGAAGGAGAGGGAGGCGCUAAGUGAACAGCAGAAGGAGUGUACGGCCAAGAGAGAGUUGUUCCUCAAGUCCAAUGCACAGCUCACGUUCCGAUGUCGGCAGCUCCUCUCCGAACUCUCCUACAUAUAUCCCAUAGACACGAAUAACCAGUCGGAUUAUGUCAUAUGUGGCGUGAAGCUCCCCAACUCAGAGGACUUUCAAGCAAAGGAUGAUGGGAGUGUAGCGGUUGCCCUGGGUUACACGGCUCACCUGGUGCUGAUGGUGUCCUGCUUCCUGCAGGUGCCCCUGCGCUACCCACUCAUCCACAAGGGCAGCAGGUCCUCCAUACGAGACACCAUCACCGACAAACUCACCGAGAAGGAGAGAGAGUUCCCACUGUAUCCAAGGGGAGAGAGGUUCCAGUUCGAGUACGGCGUCUACCUGCUCAACAAAAACAUCGCCCAGUUGCGGUAUCAGCACGGUCUCUCCACUCCAGACUUGAGGCAAACGCUGCCAAACCUGAAGAACUUUCUGGAACAUGGGCUGCUGGUCCGAUGUGACCGCUACCAGGUGUCCUCAUCCAUCCCAGUGCCCAUGAAGUCCCAACUGAGCGUGUCCGGUGGCGGUGGCGGUGGUGUUGGAGGUGGUGGCGGUCCCAUGGACAUGCCCUCCCCCCCGCACCACAUCCUCACCGGCUCCCCCGACCGAGCACCCCCCCACCCCCACCCCCACCACCGCAAGCGCUCCAGUUCCCAUGACCCCCACAACACCACCACCACCCCCCACCACUACCACACCCCUCCCCCCAGCUACAACAGCGCCAUGGCAACCGCCCAGGACCCCAUCACCAUGGACCCCGACCUGGCGGCAGAGGCCUCCGGUACCCACACCAUCUCCUCCCUCUCCCUCUCCACAUCCAUCGCCGGGGACGCCGCCGAGCAGGAGCUGUCCCCCUCCCAGGAGCCCGGAGAGGAGGACCUGGCGGAGGAGACACUAGAGGAGAACCCCACUCCCCUGCUGCUCGCACCCGAGUCCGACGUGGAGCGCUCCGUCUCCGUGGAGACCGAGACCACGGAAACCACGGAGACGGACACGGAGAAGGCUCGAUCGCACUCCGACAGCAGCGGAGCGUCCUCCUCCGACCAGCAUCAGCAUCAGCAGGUCGCCACGGCAACAGAGGAAGAUGAGGCAGCUAACGAGCACUCGGGUACCAUGAACGGAUCUGCACUGCUGGGGGACGGGCAGAUGGGGGCGCCACCACCAUCAUCAUCAUCAUCAUCAGCUGCUGCAACAGCCGUGUGGGGAGACUCCAGCGCUGCAGAGGGCAGUAGUGGUGGUGGUGCGGAGCCGGUGUGUUUGUCUGUGGAGCGUGCGGAGGAGAUCAUAGGCACGGAGGCGCUGGGCCUGGGCUUGGGGCUGGGGCUGGGGCUGGGCCUGGGGGCGGGCGGGCGCCUCGGAGGGAUGGAGGACUUUCCCAGCAUCCCCGUUGAGCACGCGGUGGCGGUGGAGUGCGACGACCAGGUGCUGGGGGAGCUGGACACGGCGGGACUGGAGGAGUUCUCGCGACGCAUCUACGCCCUCAACGAGAACAUGCCCAGCUUCCGACGCCCACGCAAGAACUCCGACAAAUGACCCACAAGCUGAACCACUAAAAAGCUCCAAAACUCGUGAAGAACUGGAGAAGAUCACGUGAGAAAUGCGUCCAGUCGCAUUUUUACACACUUGACUUGACAUACAGAAGGAGAACUCUGAUAUCUACACCCUCAAACGUAAACAUGCCCAGCUACCAACGCCCGCGCAAGAACUCAGACAAGUGACCUGAUUAGCGACCAUUGCUAAAGCUACACGCGAGAAUACGCGCCCAGGUCGUUUUUACACACACUUGACAAUAUGAGCAGUAGAACUUGACACAACAGUCGACCACCUGACCACUGACUCUUCAAACUCGAGAAGAAACUUGCUCCGUCACAUGUAUACGCAUCUGGCACAUGAGAGAGCGAGACCUCCGACAAAAGUGACUGAAAUCUUAGAGGAAAUGAAAAACACGCCAGGUUGCAAUUGCACGCUAGAGAAGGACAUGAAACUCAGAAAAGUGGACCUGACUGAUCCAAAGUCCAGAACAUGUUAGAAUGCUCCCAGUUGUUGUCACACACUCAAGAACUCCAAGAUAUCUACAACGUCUACGUACUCAAGGACACGAUCGAACAUGCUCCGUUACAUUUACAUGCUUUUUAAGAAGGACAAGGACUCUUACAAGUCUCCUGACCUGACCGCUACGCAAACAAGCCCUCUUGCAUUUUACACACUCGAAAUGGACAACAAAAACUUCAACAGAAAUGGACAACAAAAACUUCAACAGAAAUGUACAACAAAAACUUCGACAGAAAUGGACAAUAAAAACUUCGACAGAAAUGGACAAUAAAAACUUCAACAUGUGACUGCUCUGAAAUAUCUGCACCCAAGAACACACUUGGACAUGGUCCUUCGCAUUUAAAACACACCUGAGACACAAGAACAUGCAAACAGCUUCUUCAAGCAGCGAGCAACACACGACUGGAUUUGCUGCCUGAACAACAUGUAACUGGAUUGGCUGCCUGGACACUGCAAGGUCUAUGGCCAUUGGUUGCCUGAACACUGCAAGGUGUAUGGCCAUUGGUUGCCUGAACACUGCAAGGUCUAUGGCCAUUGGUUGCCUGGACACUGUUAGAGCCAUGGGCCUUGGGUGGCAAGCCUAACUGAUAUAUAUUUAUAUAAAUAUAUAUCUAUCUAUGUAUAUAUAUGAUCUUACUAGGACAUAUCUGGCCAAUUUGCACUUCUCUUAAGUAUUUCUUAUAAUCCUUGAAAAUGAUAUUAAAGUAAAGUUGGUUGAAAGUAAGGCCUGGUGGAUGUCUUUACUGUGUGCAUGGGGGAUGGGGUGGUGGGGGCUGGACUGGAUAUGGGCUUAUGAUAAAACACGCUGAGUUUUAAUUCAAUAUCUUUACAGAAGAUAAUUACAAGUAUUUAGUGGUUGAGUGGCUGCCGGCAAACGAA